AUGCUUUCAAUUCGUCAGGUUCCAUAUACUUUUCUACGACAUGUCUAUUGUUUAUCUUCUUGUCGUUAUCAAUCAAAUACAUCAAACGAAUCUACUAAUAUUUCCUCAUCAGAUAAUAUCAAAAAAUCAUCAGUUAAUUCAACAUCAUGGUCUACAUCAGAUACCAAUGGAUUAGUUAAAGAAUUAUCAUCAAGGAUUAAAACUGGUGGACCUAUAACAGUGGCUGAAUUUAUGCGUGAAUCAUUAUUGAAUCCAAAAUAUGGUUAUUACACACGACAUGAAGUGUUCGGAAAAAAAGGCGAUUUCAUCACAGCACCUGAGAUUAGUCAGAUAUUUGGUGAAUUAUUAGCUAUAUGGCUUAUGUAUGAACAUUCAACAAAUGGUGGUAAUGAUUUACAAUUAGUAGAAUUGGGACCUGGUCGUGGUACAUUGAUGAAUGAUAUUAUUCGAGUAUUAAGAAAGCGAAAAUAUUCUGAUAAACAUACAUUUAUUGCUUUGUAUGAAGCUAGUCCACUUAUGCGACGUCGUCAAGCUGAAUUAUUAUUAAAUCGAUCGUUUGAUCCUAUAAUUACAAAUGAAUAUCGAAUACCUGAUAUUAAUUAUUCACUUGUAUGGAUAGAUGAUCUUAAACAAUUACAAUCUCGUACUACCUAUUUUAUUACCAAUGAACUCUUUGAUGCUUAUCCUAUUCAUAAAUUUCAAAAAACUGUACAAGGUUGGAAAGAAAUUAUGAUUGAUUGGAAUCCACUAACAAAACAACUUCAAUAUGUUUUAUCUGCAAGACAAACAGCGAUGAGUCGACUUUAUAAUAAUUUUCUUAGUAGUAUCGAUGAUAGACAACAUGUAGAAAUCAGUCCACAACGUUCAGUCAUGAUGCAGGCUAUAUGUAAACAUAUAUCAAAUAAUGGUGGAUCAGCUUUAAUAGGAGAUUACGGUCAUUGGGGAGAAAAAGAAGAUACAUUUCGUGGAUUUCAUAAACAUACAGUUGUUGAUCCACUAUCAGAUCCAGGAAAUAUUGAUAUAACAGCAGAUGUUGAUUUUGAAGAAUUAGCUUUAAGUGGUUCACAAAUAGCAAAUGUUCAAUUCUAUGGACCAGUUUCUCAACGAAAUUUUCUUUACAAUCUAGGCAUUGAUAUACGAGCAUCAACACUUGCUAAAAACAAAACACCGGAAGAACAAAAAGAAAUUCUAACUGCUGUGGAGAAAUUAGUUAGUCCGGAACAUAUGGGUGAAAGAUUUCUUUAUCUAUGCGUGCAAAAUUCAAAUAAUAAAAAUGCACCAGCGGGAUUUUCUUCUCCAUAUUAA